GCGGUGGGCGGGAGGUUGCCAACGGUUUUGGGAGCCGAGUGUCGCGUCAGGAAGGGGGGCUGGUCUUUGGUUUUUCUCUGUCGAUGUUAUGGGGUAGGGAGACAGCUCUCUUCAUCUUGGCAAACUAGGGGCCAACUUGCUCAGAGCAGUCAGAACCAGGUGGUCGCGGUAGAGGAUCCCAUGCGGGCCGUGCGGGGUGGGGGGUUGCGUGUUUUCUAGGACCUUUUAUAGAGCUGUCUUAGGGUAGGCUAGGGAAGAAUUCUUGCGGCCCUCUGCUGUGGCUUUCUUUCCUGGCAGGGUUGGAGGAGUGGAGCAGGUGAAGUAGGGGCGGGAGGGUGGUGUGGCAAUGAAGUCUUGCCUCUUUCUGCACUAAAACCAACCGAGGAACAAACAUUGUGCCCGAUUUGGUUUGGGGUUUGUGUUUAAACAUUUUGAGUGUGAAAAAGAAUUAUCCAGUUAGCUGUUGCUGAAGCUGAUCCGCCGCCUCCACCACUCGCUCAGGAAGGAACUUUAGCGGUGCCCUUGCGCAGCAGGUCUUCUGUCCACUACCUCGAAAGCCUUGCACAUCCUCUUUACGCGACUUCCAGAAGGGAUGUGUUUGCCCUCUCCAUGGCCUCUGGAGCCAGUGGACACUCCUCUAACCAGAAAGCCCUGAUACCCUUAUUUACUGAGGCUCCACCACGGGGUCGUCUUACAAAUCUCCCUUCUCCGUGAACUUAUCCACAAGUUCAGUCAGGAGUUCCCAGUUUCCUGCUGUGUCCAGUUGUCUCUUCACUGCACAUGGCUACAGCAGCUCCCAGCCCCAGUUCACCUCUCCAGCCGGAGGACCUCCUGAGCGAUUCAUCAGAGCCUCCCGGGUUGAACCAGGUGUCCUCUGAGGUCACCUCCCAGCUCUAUACCUCUUUGCAUCUCAGCCGACAGGCGGAGGCGACAGCCCGAGCCCAGCUGUAUUUAGCUUCUGCUUCCUCGCCUCCUAAUGAGGGCAUAGACAGCUUGGCUCAAGAACUGAGCCGCAGCUUGUCCGUUGGACUGGAGAACAACCUGAAGAAAAAGGUGAGAGAGGAUGGGUCCAAGCAUAUCUUUGAGAUGGAAAGUGUUCGGGGUCAGCUCCAGACCAUGCUCCAUACCGCACGUGAUACUGCCUAUCCAGGGGAUCCCCUCAUUCCAGGAGCUGGCUCAGAGAGACGGGAAGAGGACUCCUUUGACAGCGACAGCACGGCUACCUUGCUCAACACCCGGCCUCUGCAAGACCUCUCUCCAGCCAGCUCAGCCCAGGCACUGGAAGAGCUGUUUCCCCGCUAUACCAGCCUUCGACCAGGGCUCCCCACCAACCCUCCAGAUUUUCAGGGACUGAGAGAUGCGCUGGACUCAGAACUUACACGCCGCAAGCAUUGUGAGCGCCACAUUCAGGGCCUGCAGUCUCGCGUGCUAGAGUUGCAACAACAGCUAGCGGUGGCUGUGGCUGCUGACCGAAAGAAAGAUAUCAUGAUUGAACAACUAGAUAAGACCCUGGCUCGAGUGGUCGAGGGCUGGAAUCGGCAUGAGGCUGAGCGGACAGAGGUGCUGCGGGGACUUCAGGAGGAGCGCCAGGCAGCAGAACUCACCAGAAACAAGCAGCAGGAGACAGUAGCCCGGCUGGAACAAAGCCUGUCCGAGGCCAUGGAAGCCCUGAAUCGUGAGCAGGAGGGCACUAGACUGCAGCAGAGGGAAAGAGAGGCACUGGAAGAAGAAAGGCAAGCCCUGACUCUGAGGUUGGAGGUGGAGCAGCAGCAGUGCCGGGCCCUCCAGGAGGAGCGGGAUGAGGCUAGGGCUGGGCAGCUCAAUGAGCGCUGCAAGCUGGAGGCCCUUCAAGUUGCUCUAGAAGAAGAAAGGCAGGCCUGGACCCAGCAGGAGCAUAAGCUGAAGGAACACCUUCGGGCUCUGCAAGAGGAAGGCCAGACUCAGCUGGAAAGAGAGAAGGGGAACAGCCAGAGGGAGGCCCAGGCAGCUCGGGAGGCCCAGCAGCAGUUGGUCCAGCUGCAGUGUGAGGUGCGGCGGCUGGAAGGGGAGCUGGAUACAGUCCGGAGAGAGAGAGACACACUGCAGCUGGAGAUGAGCUUGGUCCAGGCCCGGUAUGAGAGCCAGCGGAUCCAGAUGGAGUCAGAGCUGGCUGUACAGCUGGAGCAGCGGGUGACCGAGCGCCUGGCAGAGGCUCACGAGAGCAGCCUGCGGCAGGCCGCCUCCCUAAGGGAGCAUCACAGGAAGCAGCUACAGGAACUCAGUGGACAGCACCAACAGGAACUGGCCACGCAGCUGGCUCAGUUCAAGGUAGAAAUGGCAGAACGGGAGGAGCGGCAGCAGCAGGUGGCUCAGGACUAUGAGCUCAGACUGGCAAGGGAGCAAGCUCGAGUACGUGACCUGAAGAGUGGCAACCAGCAGCUGGAGGAACAGCGGGUGGAGCUGGUAGAAAGGAUCCAAGCCAUGCUACAGGCCCACUGGGAUGAGGCCAACCAGCUGCUAAGUACCACGCUCCUGCCUCCCAACCCUCAGGCUCCUCCCGCUGAGCCUUCUAGCCCUGGGCCUCUGGAGCCAGAGAAGGGGGAGAAGAGGACCUGGGCUAUGCCUCCAAUGGCUGUGGCCCUGAAACCUGUGUUGCAGCAAAGCCGAGAAGUGAGGGAUGAUCUGCCUGGAGUACCUUCUGUUCUCUGUAAUACCUCCCCAGAUCUUAGCCUCCUGCUGGGACCCCCUUUCCAGAACCAGAACUCCUUCCAGCCCCUGGAGCCCAAACCUGACAUGGCUCCACCCGCAGCCGGACCUUUCUCUGCAUUGGAGGCCUUCACCACUGACCAUAGGGCAGAACGACCAUUUCUGGAGGAAGACCCUGGAUCUGAUGGUGAUGGCUCUCUAAAACCAGGGUUGCCUCCUGCUUCUCAGCUCGAAGGCCUUAAGAAUUUUUUGCAGCAGCUGCUGGAGACAGCGCCUCAGAGCAGUGAAACCCCCUCUGUUGACCCUAAGUCUGGCUCUCGGACUGUCUCAUCUUGGGAGGAAGCCCCUCAAGUGCCACGCCUUCCACCUCCUGUCCAUAAGACGAAAGUUCCCAUAGCCAUGGCGUCUAGUCUUUUCAGGGCCCACGAGCUUCCCUCACCCCAUUCACAAGGCAGUGGUCUCAACACUGGCUCCCCAGAGAGAGGUACAGAGGGUUUCAACUCCCCGAGGCAGCAGAUGGAAGUGUCCGAGUUGUUACGACUGUACCAGGCUCGGGGUUGGGGUGCUCUGCCUGCCGAGGACCUGCUGCUGUACCUGAAGAGGCUGGAGCAUGGCGGGACCGAUGGCCAAGGGGAGCUUGUCCCCAGAAGAAAUACAGACUCCCGCUUGGGUGAGAUCCCCAGGAAAGAGAUCCCCUCCCAGGCUGUCCCUCGACGCCUGGCUUCAGCCCCUAAGUCUGAAAAGCCUUCACGGAAGAAAAGUGGGCAUCCUGCCCCUAGCAGCAUGAGGAGUAGGGGAGGCAUCUGGAGAUGAGCCCCGCCUUUCUCCCCACUUUGUUCUCCCUCUUUCACCAGUCAUGUUCAUAAAUGCUCCAUAGUCUCUGUCUGUAUUAGAGGACUGGGAAAAUGGAGAAUUUGUAGGAAGCUACUUUGUAAAAAAAAACCUUUAAAAAUACUGUUUGAGUAUUUUUAAAAAGUAUCUUUGUUAUUUCCUAUGAGAAAAUGUAUGGAAUCUUUGAUGUGUGACCAGAAGGAUGAGUGGGCUGGGUUCAGUGUCUGCUUGCAGUAGUUAACCGAUAGUAGCAAAAUUAUGAGUGGCUUUUUUUUAAAAUAUACAUUUUGUAUUCUAAAAUAAGUAUGUAUUACUUGGGUAAUCAAAAACUUAUAAACUUAAUAAAAGUAAAUUAUUGUGUAAAA